CCCUUCGUGACGCCAUCAGAAAAUGGCCGAACACUAGUGCGAGAAAUAAAGGUGUAAGGUAUCGCCGUCGUCUCCAGCAUGCCGCCUCUUCACCACGGCGAGCGGCUUCUGUUCCGCCUGAAGCAGCAGCAGCAGAGCGGCCGUUUCUGCGACUGCACCGUCGCCGUCGGGGGGUCCCGCUUCCGCGCCCACCGCAACGUUUUGGCGGCGUUCAGUGAAUACUUCAGCUCCCAGUAUCAGGCCGCAGGGGUAGGUGAUCCCACCACGUCCCUGGAUCCGGAAUACGUGAGCGAGGAAGUGUUUCAGAAGCUGCUGGAUUACGUUUACACGGGGGACCUAACCAUCGACAGCAACAACGUGGAUGACAUAACCAAGGCUGCCACUUUCCUCAAGAUGGAGGACAUCGUCUCGCAGUGCGUCCUUCUUCAGGAAGACGUGAAGCCCUUCUGCGUCAGGGUGGAGGAGACCAACGACUGCCAGCAGGGGGCGGAGUGUGAGCCGGACACCCCCGGCCGGGACGCCUGCCACCCGGCUGAACCUGAGGAGGCCAGCGAUCCGCCCGAACCAGAGGAAGUGUCAGUCCACCAUCGGCCCGAAACAGAGGGGGAGACGGAGGGCGAGCGGGGGUGCCCGGAGCCCCCGACGCGGGAAGAGGAGGCGGUGGCGUCAGCGCCCAAGCCCAGGACGUCGAAGAGGGGGAGGAAGCCCAAGGUCAUGUUUGACGCCAGCCCCCCCCAGGCACUGUGCACUGUGUCUCUGCGCAGGCUGACCCGACAGCAGAUCCCACGGACCGCCCGGACCUUCGCCGACGCCAACAACGCCCCCCCGGGCCAGGCGGAGGGGCGGGAGGAGGGGGCUGCGCCAGCGACGGGGGGCGAGGAAGAGGAGGAGGAGGAGAUGGAGGGGGGAGACCCAGCGGAGCACAAGCCACCCUCUCGGAAGGCUCCCCUGAAGAGGAGGGCUGCGAGGAAGGGCAGCCGGCUGAAGGAGAACUGCAAACGCGCCCCGGCCGCCACCGCCGCGCGGAGGGGCCGCAGGGGGCAUCUGGACGGGGAGCUGAAGCUGAAGCUGAAGCCGGAGUGCGACACCUGUGGCCGGACCUUCUCCGAGUCCAGCAGCCUGCGCAGGCACAUGCGCAUACACAAGGGGGUGAAGCCCUACGAGUGCCACCUGUGCGGCCGCGCCUUCCGGCAGGGCAACCAGCUGAAGACCCACCUGCGCAUCCACACGGGAGAGAAGCCCUACCAGUGUAAUCUGUGUGACAAGGGCUUUGCCCAGAAGUGUCAGCUCGUCUUCCACUGCCGCAUGCACCACGGGGAAGAAAAGCCCUACAAGUGUGAAGUCUGCGGUCUGCAGUUCGCCACGUCCAGCAAUUUCAAGAUACACAACAGGAAGCACAGCGGAGAGAAGCCGUACGAGUGUGACCGCUGCGGGAAGCACUUCGCCCAGGCCAGCACCCUGACCUACCACAUGCGGAGGCACACGGGCGAGAAGCCCUACGUGUGCGACACCUGCGGCAAGGCCUUCGCCGUCUCCAGCUCCCUCAUCACCCACUCCAGGAAGCACGCAGGAGAUUCCCCUCACAUGUGUCUGAUAUGCGGGAAAGGUUUCUUGUCCUUAGAAGACCUCAACAAACACCUGCUGUGUCACACAGGUGGGAAGCGUUUUGAGUGCGAGUUCUGUGGGAACAGCUACACGGACGCGAAGUACCUGAGGAAGCACAAAGUCAAAGUACACAAAGAGGAGCUCCGCCAGGACCCCGUGCACGUCUCCUUCCCUAUGAACAUCCCCAUCGACCACCAGACGCUCAUCUCCCGCCUGCCCCCGGGACCCGGCACGGCGGAGCUGCUGACGAGAGCCGCCGCCGCCGCUGCAGCCGCCAGCCAAUCGGAGGUGCAGAUCGCCCUCCUCCAGCCAAUCAACUGAGACCCCCGUCCACCGCGCUGCUCCUUGUUCCUCUCGGCGCCCCGCCCCAGCUCUCCGUGGAACGCUGUACAGAGCAUCCCGUCUUAGAUGCCCGUAGGAGCCGGACAGGUUAUAAUACUUUGCCCCAGUCCCUGCAGUGUCUGCAGAGGUGAACUGCUUAGCAUUCUGACUGUUCGCUUUGUGCAGGUACCUGAAAAAAAAUAUAUUAUUCCACUGUAUUUGUUGAGAGCUGCACCCUCUGGGUAGAGAGAAAGGGCUAGGAGGAAGGGGAACGGGUGCCUCAUGCUUGUUAAUAUCACUCUGCACGGGGACUUUAGUGUGGAAUAGUGGGCUGGAACCUGGACUACUGUCAAUAUUGUGGAAUUGAUGCUCAGGUGAGAUGUUGAAGGGGAGAGAGGCGUUCUGUUGCAGUAAAUACCCACCUUUCUACAUAGCUUACAGAAUGUAUCAUUUGUAGCGGAGUGAAGUGACAUUAACUCUGUGGGCAUCUGGUAAGUAAACGGAUAAGGUGAUGGACAGAAUGGAGCUCACCUCAGUUUCAAAUGAAGUCUGUUGGACACUGACACUGCGUGACUUUUGUGUGCUUCGGAAAUGCAACAGAACUCGAAUGUUAUUAUUAUUAACUAACUUCUCAGGAUCAGUAAAAUACAAAUACUUUUUUUCCUCUUUUCUAAAAAUGCCCCUUAGUUUUCCACCUUCUCAAGAAUCCCCAGUGGUGUGAAGGUGUGAAAAAUGCACAUUCAGACCACUCGGAAAUGUUAGUGGAGCUGAACUGCUUAGUGUUGUGACUGUUGCACAUUCUAUGGGUGGUGUUAUAUGUUCAGGAAUGAAAUUCAUCCCCAUGGCAGCGUUCUGCUUGUUUAAAAUACAUAAUCAAAACCCUUGUGUAUUUUUAUUUUAUUUUAAUUUUUUUUACGGAGGGGUUUUUCUUCUGUUCUGAAGGGUUCUCUGUAAGUCAGUCAUAGCAUCUCACAAGUUUGACCCAAACAAAUAAUUCCACUUUAUAUUUUGGCAUUAAAAUAAAAUGACUACUGGAAGUCUUCUGCACGU